UAAUAUUUAAAAUGGCAUAGAAAACUAAUAAUAAAUUAUUCAUAGAAAUAUUAUCUAAGAUUCCUUUAAAACAUGAUUUUCAAAAUGUUUUUUGUACUUUUUUUGCACACUGAUGCUUCUACCUUAAACGACUUUAAAAACAUAUUGUUAAAUUUAAAGAAAUAAUGGAUACUGAGCACGAUUUUAUCACCCGAACCUUCAGGGAAAAUAAAUGUUCAUCGUUGAGAAAUAAAUCCGAUUUUAGUAUCCUUGAUGAUGUAGAAUUGACUGGUAAGGGCAAACAUGGUGAUCAGUCUACUGUACCUACUACAAUCAUCAAUAAUGAUACUUACGAACGCUUUCAAUAUAAAAUUGGAUGCCAAACUCAUGAAAAUAUAUAUGAAGUUAGACACGUACAAGUAGACAAACCUCAAUUCUUAAAAGAACAUGCUUUGGUUAAACAAUGUCUUGAAGAUAUUCAAAUAAAGAAGUCCCUGAAAAUAGCCAUCCCGACAAGUGAACCAGAAACUCUAAAAAAUGGAUAUCAAAAAGAUAAGCCUUCACGCAUGAACUGGAAUGAAUACCAUCGUCUGGAUGUAAUUCACGAUUUCUUGGACGAUCUUGAUUUUGAUUAUCCUUCAAUAUGUACUGUCGGAAUCAUUGGAACAUCCCUGGAAGGCAGACAGUUGAAGGUUCUAAAGAUAUCAAAUAGUGACGCAAGUAACAACGCAGUGUGGAUGGACGCUGGCAUACACGCACGCGAGUGGAUCGCGCCAGCCGUAGCAACCUACAUCGCGAACCAUAUCGCUCGCAACUUCUCAAUCUUGCCACCUAGUCUCGCUAAUAAGGAUUGGUAUUUUCACCCAGUUGUCAACCCCGACGGCUACGAACAUUCGCAUACAGGUGACCGUAUGUGGAGGAAAAAUAGAGCAAAGCACAAGGGUGUAUGUGUGGGUGUCGACCUAAAUAGGAAUUUCAGUUACGGUUGGGGAGGCAAAGAGUCGUCAAGCAACCCCGGAAAUGCAUUCUACAGAGGUCCUGAACCAUUUUCAGAACCUGAAUCAAGAGCUAUAAGGGACUUCAUUCUGAACUCCGGUAUUCCAUUCAAAGUUUACAUCACCCUACAUAGUUACGGGCAAGUCAUCCUUUUUCCUUUCGCCUAUAGAGACGAACCCUGCCCUGACUACGUGCGAUUACUAGAAGGCGCUACUGUCAUGUCUAAGGCUAUUUUUGAAACCAAUGGCAAUACCUAUAAAGUGGGCAUCUCAAGAGAUGUAAUGUAUGGUGCAGCUGGUACUAGCAAUGAUUGGAGCUAUGGCGAAGCCGGGAUUCCUUACUGCUAUCUCAUAGAGCUUAGAAGUAAAAGGCACAAGUUUAUGUUACCGAAGGAUGAAAUAGAAGAAACCGGUAACGAAAUAUUGAACAGUGUCAAAGCUUUGAUGGAGUUUAUUGAUUCCAAGGAAACAAAGAUGACACGAGACAAAGUGAUAAAGGAUAAUUUAAUUAACGAAUAUUUAAUGAACAAAGUAGCACUAACGCACAACAAUACACAAGUAUGGGAAUUAAGAUUCACUAAUGACGCGCAAAGAUAUUUUGUUAAAUCACUCGAUACUUUGGGAGCGAUUAACAUCUGGAAGGAGGAGCUCAGCACCAUGGACAUCAUGGUGGAAGGUCCACGAUCCGCCCAAGUUGCGGGCAUGCUGCACGAAAGGGACAUUCCGUAUUCCAUAGCUAUCGGAGACGUAGAUCCGAUGAUUAAGAGGGAACAGGGGAACAGCUUUAUUAGGAGGAACUCUGCAUUGCGCCGUACAAUGGAUUGGAAGGGCUACCACCGUUUGGACGUGAUAUAUUCCUUUAUGGACGACCUGGCUGCUGGGUAUCCGUAUUUGUGUUCUGUUCAUGUCAUUGGUCACUCAGUUGAAGGUAGGGACCUAAAGAUGUUGAAGAUAUCAAACGGUGAGAGUGGUAACCAGGGCGUGUGGAUAGAUGGAUCGAUUCACCCCCGCGAGUGGAUCAGUACGGCCGUAGUGACUUACCUCGCCAACCACCUAGUGAGGAACUACCAUGAGCUACCAGACUCCGUGACGAAUAAAGAUUGGUACAUACUCCCAGUGUUGAACCCAGACGGUUACGAGUACACGCACACACACGACCGUAUGUGGCGUAAAAACAGAGCACGUUAUGGGGAAUGCGUGGGUGUUGACUUGAAUAGAAAUUUCAGUUACGGUUGGGGUGAAAAGGGCGAGGAAGGCUCAUCGGAGGACCCCGGCAAUAUAUUUUUCAGGGGUCCUCAGCCAUUUUCAGAGCCGGAAACAGCGGCUGUUAAACGUAUAAUACUUGAAUCGGGGAAGAAUUUCAAAGUGUUCCUAUCGUUGCACAGCUAUGGUGAAGUGAUCAUUUUCCCAUGGGGCUAUACGGGAGACCCCUGUCCCGAUUAUGUAGAGCUACUGGAAGGAGGCACUGCCAUGGCCAAGGCUAUCUUCGAGAACAGUAAUCGCACCUACAAAGUCGGCAGCACAAAGGAUCUCAUGUACUACGCAGCUGGAACAAGCGUAGAUUGGAGUUACGCUGUUGCCAGCAUCCCCUAUUCGUACAUGAUCGAACUAAGAGGCAAGAAACACAGGUUUUUACUGCCCAAAGAAGAGAUAGUCUCUACUGCGUUUGAAGUUGUGAGUGGGGUCUUAAGACUUAUGGAUUUUGUGGACAGAAAAUGCAGAAGUUCACACUCGUGCGUGUGUUCUAAAUGAUACAAAUUGAAACAAGUUAGGUCGUUUGGAAGGACAAACCUAGUUCAUCGGUUACCAAAGAAUGUGUUUCUACUGAAAACGAAUUAUGGAAGAAUUGAGGUUUUUGAGUGUCGAAGACAAAAUAAUGCAGUACCCAGUCGUAGUUGGAAGAUAUCUACCACAUAAUGCUAAAUAGGAACAAACCCAGUAAACCGUCAAGACUUUAGCUAAUUACAUGAAAAUUUAAGGAUAGUAGAGAAUUCUUAACACGCUAUUUAUGAUUUGUAUUCUAUUUUUCAUAAUUUA